CGAGAGUGAAAAAAACACACACUUCGUUUGUCUACACAUACAGGCGCCAGUAAUUUCAUAGUUCAUUUAUCAUUAUUAUUAUUAUUAUUAUUAUUAUUAUUAAUUCAAACCUCGGAAGAAGGGGGUUAAACAGACCAGAUUGUGAUUGGUGGAACGUCAGGGGUCAAAGGUGAAGCACAAAGAGGCGGCGCAGGAAGAAGUUUGAACAUGGCGGAUAAAGAGAAGAAGAAGAAGGAGAGUAUAUUUGACUUGUCAAAGUACAUUGACAAAACCAUCAGAGUAAAAUUCCAAGGUGGACGUGAAGCAAGCGGCGUCCUGAAAGGGUUUGAUCCUCUGCUGAACCUGGUGUUAGACGGUACAAUUGAGUACAUGCGUGACCCUGAUGAUCAGUAUAAACUGACAGAGGACACCAGGCAGCUCGGCCUCGUCGUGUGUCGAGGGACAGCUGUUGUCCUCAUCUGUCCUCAAGACGGCAUGGAGGCCAUUCCCAACCCCUUCAUACAGCAGCAGGACGGCUAACACACUCUCUCUGUCUCUCUCUCUAACACGCGCACACACACACACAGGGAUUGUGUCUGUUUUCUACAAGAAGUUUCAGUUGAGCAAAUGUUUGUGUUGCGUCCAAAUGUGUGGAUGUCGGAAGUCAUCAGGUGUAACAGUGUAUUUUUUUCCUGGUUGUAACUUCACUCAGGAGAUCUUUUAGUUUGUUUUCUAAGUAUGGGUUUGAAUUAAACUGUAUUGAGUCACGUGAUCUCAUUAUGUAUGACUGCACAUAGUGCUAACUUUAUUUUUACUCAUUAUUUUAAUAUGAUAAUUAAAUUGGACAUUCAUAAGA